AGCAUCCGAUCGACUACAUCACCUACUACCAGGUACGAGUAAAGAAACGGAUACGAUCUUAUACAAUAGUGCAGCAACGCUCCUCAAAUAUUAAAAACCUGAAAACGAGACUGCGCUUCCCUUUAUUUCGCUAGCCAUUGCCAUUUUGAAAAACAGUUCCGUUCCACCGCAAUAUUACAACUUGUAUCCAUUUGAUUGUAUCGGUUUUUUCGCACCACAGCAUCGAACGCCAUGGGCAAGGUUUCGAAGAAGACCAAGAAUUUCCGCAAGGCACAGCAGAAGGUAACGAAAAAGAGCCGGAGCGGGCAGACGGCCAAAAAGAGCGCCAAAGCCAAGAAAACACACCAGAUCCGGCAUGCGGAGUCGGUGAAGCAGAACAAGCGCAAAGCCAAGGAGCACGAGGAAAAAAGCGUAAAAAACGAAUCAGGGCGAGAUCAAGACUCCGAUUCCGAUGAGGACGCGCUGAGCGAUGUUGAGAACGUGGACGAUUUGCUCGAGUCCAACCUGUUCUCAACAAAAGACGCGGAAGAUGGCGCCGAUAGCGACGCGGCGGACAGCGACGAUGAUAUGGACAUCGAUGCCGUGCUACGCGGUGACGAGUCCGACGACGACAGCGACGACGAGGAAAGACUCCUCGGAAAGAAAGCGACAGGUGACACUGCGCGGCAACUCCUUGGCGGUGGGCAGAGCGCAUCAACCAAAAGCGCAGCUUCCUCCUCCUCUUCGACGGGGGCCAAGAGAACGUCGACAACAUCCACACAAAUAAGCGGGGAUGGUGCAGCCAAUGAAACCUUUGAAGGUCAAGCGACGGACCUGGAGCAGCUAAAAGCCGCGGAUCCGGAGUUCUACAAGUUUUUGGUCGAGAACGACACCGAGUUGCUCAAUACGUUUUCCGCCGCUCCGGGCGCAGGUGGAGAUGAUGGGCCUCCGGAAGGAGGUGCCGCGCGCAAACAGGCCGACGCAACCGCAUCAAGUUCAAGUGUGGCUGAUGAAAAUCUUAAUCGCGAACAAACCGAGGAGAGCAAGCAGCUGACGAUGGAGCGGUGGACGCUGAUCAGCGGCCUGGCGUUGGAGAAAAAGUCCUUUCCCAACCUCCGUGCGGUCAUUGGCGCGUACCGCAGUGUCGUGCAAACCCUGAAGGGCGGCAGCAGUCUGAACAGUGAUUUUGGCGACAAGAAGGAGACGAGCAAGCGCAAGAAGCGCCGCGCAGAAUUCGAGCGUCGCACCCAGGAGCGAAAGGGCGUUUUCCAAGUCGACGACGAAAACGUGUGUCAGGCCGUGCUGACCUGGACGGCAAGCCAUAUGGCCGAGCUGCUCGAUCACCACUUAUUAGGAACAACAACCUCCACUGCGGCGGGCGCUCAACAGCACGUCGCGGAGGCGAAGAAGUGGCCAAAGCUGAAGGCCAUCGCGCGCAUUUUCCUCUGCGAGUCCCUCACUUAUCUCCGCUCCACGUCGAACCCGGCCCACCUGACCGGCAUUCUGCUGCCGCUUCAAAACCUGCAGAUGCAAAAAUACCUGUGGCCCUUCCGCCAGGUACGCAUGUUGUACCUGAAGACCGUCGCGGGAUUAUGGUCGCUGUCCGGACAGCAGAAAGUCCGCGAAAGCGCGUUCCUCUUCCUGCGCAACGCUUGCGCCUUGCCAUCGCAACUGGCGCACAAAAAGCAGAAAAACAACUCCGCAGCAGUAGACCAGGUAAAACUCAUUGAACUUGGUUCUUUCAUUUGCCGUGCAGUGUAUUGCUUCUAUUAAUUAACCAUUCAUCAAAAAUAAACCAACGUCUCAGACGAGACCAGGAACCAUCAUGCAUGGUAUUAUGCAAUACAAGAAAUCUGAUACAUCAAAACAAUUUUUCGAUGUCUGCACGCAGGUCGACGCGAGUGCGGAGUUGGAAAAGAUUCUGCAGCGGGUGAUCCGCGCCUUCACCGAUGCGGCUAAGCGGGGCUAUUCUUGGCGCGAGGUCUCCAAAUUUCGAUUUCUGGAAAACUGCGUAGUGGAGCUGCUGAAGCUCGACGAGCGAACCGCCUUCCGUAUCACCUUUGCGAGCAUACGGCAGAUGGCCACCGUGGUGCGAAACAGCACGAAGGCGGACUGCUCACAGAUGGGUCAAAUCACCAAAGAGAAGCAGCUGCAGAACCAGAAAUCAAACGGCAAAUUGGCGAAGAAGAAGGCGAACAUGGACAAAAAGGUCUCGCUCCUGUACAACUGGUGCUUCGUCCGCAGUAUGUACCUCUUUUCCAAGGUCGUGUGCCGCACCGGGUUCAAGUCUUUGCAGCAGAAUCUCGCGCAUCCGCUCUGCAAAGUGAUCCAGCUCGCCAUGGAGAGUCGCGCCGGCUGUCUGAACUUUUUUCCCUACGUCUACCACUGCCUAAGGUGCUUGAAUUUCGUCCAGCACGCGUCGGACCAAUUCGUGCCCGUGUGCGACCGGCUGCUGCAACUGCUGCAGCGCCUGCUCGAGCAGCUCGACAAGGCGGCCUCUUUCACCAAAGUGAGCAAGGAAUCCUCCAUGCUGAAACCUGUGGAGCUGGACGUCACACUGCGGAUCUCCGACGCGCACAAGAACAGCAUGGUAUACUUAGCUCAACUUUUGAUGCGUAUGCGACCGAUGUGCAACAGCACACUACCUAUAGCAUUAGAAUCAUCCCAGCACCAAACGAAGCCCGAGCAGAGCUGCCGGUCGAUGAAAACAUGCAUUGAAUUCAUGUCAUGUUGGUUACCGGAUUGAUUCGCUGUAGUUUUUCAGACAAUAUUGUUCUCACGAAAUUGAUCUUAUCCCACAACAGGCCGUGCUGGAAGGUUGCGUGCGGGACCUGAAGUUCCUCUUCGUAGAAACCAUGGGAGUGAUGGCUCGGAGUCCGGGCUUUCCGGAGAUCUCUCACCCUGUUUCAACUUUGAUCAAAAAGUUGACAAAAUCCGCCCGGAAUAAAGUCGUGAGAAAGGACUUCACCCACAUGCUGCAGAGUAUCGAAGCCAGUUGCAACGAGGGCCGCCAGCUGCGACAAAAAUGUAUUCUUGAACUUUUUUCUCACUUCUUUUGAGUGACAUCCGUUCCUGUGUCUGUGACACCGACAUGCAUGAAAGGAAGAUGUAGACUGCAACAUUUUUUGCUGAAACAGAAAUAAUCAAAACCAUACUACCAACAAUAUCACAGUCACCUCCAUCGACGAUAAGGAGCUCGUGGAAAAAUUUGCUGUCUUUGAAGAAAACGAAGUUUCGUUGGCAAAAUGGCGCAAGGAGCUUCUGCAAGAACGGGCCACGGUGGAAAAAGCGCGUGUGGAAAUGGAAACGAGCAAAAGCGGUGUAAAUAAAGACGGGUCGAAGAAGCGAACCGAUGGCGCCAGCAAGGAUGGUGACAGCGACGAGGAGAACGUGGAGGGUAUGGCCAGCAAGGUCGUGGGGCACAACAGCACACAAGACGACGAACCAAAAUCCAAACGAGCGCUGAAACGACAGCGACAAAAAGCCAAAAAACUUGCGGCCGAGCAAGACGGUCAGGAUGGAGCGACGAGUGCAAAGAAGCAGCGGACGACAGCCAAGGGGAGCGAUGUCGUAGAAGUCGCUGACUUUUCUUCUGACUCUGAGAAUUGAACGAAAGCGAUGACAUAACGAUCAUGAUUUGAACGCGCAUCCAGUAGAACAAGAGAAGUCCAGAACAACUCAAGAGCAAGAGAGGUUGAAGCGCAUCGAUCGAGGCAGAGGUGCAUAGCUGAGAAUGUUUUGAGAAUAAUUCACUGUUGCCCAUCAAACAAGGACCGGAAGAAUCUCCGACAUCAACACGCUGAAAUGUCGUAUCAGAG